CCCGCCAUCUGUACUUUAUGCGAAGCGAGUGGUAAAUAAUCUGAGCUAUUUUCGCGAGUUUAUCCUCUAAUUUCCUUCUUCUCAUGGCUUCUUCUUCUCUACCUCUCUCUCUCCCAUUUCCUCUCCGAUCCCGUGGAAGCACCCGAGCUCUACCUUUCAGAUGCUCGCCUCUCUUUCUCUCUCUUCCUACUUCCUUCGUUUGCCUCUCCACUCAAAAUCCCUCCGGCUACGACCGCGAAGAGGUACGGUGGCUCCGGGAAGAGCAGAGGUGGAUUCGCGAGGAGCAAAGAUGGAUUCGGGAGGAACAGAGGUGGAUACGCGAGCGUGAAGCUCUUUUAUCGGAGAUUUCGGAUCUCCAGCUCCGGAUCCAAACCCUAGAGUCUCGAAAUUCGCAGCAGGGGACUUCAGUUCCCGAUACGAUCUCGAAUAUAGCUGCUUUGCUUCAGGUUCUGAAGGAGAAAAAUCGGAUUUCUGAGAGUGGAUCGAGUGUAACGCCGAUGGUAUUGGAGAAUACGAGAGAACCUGAGGAGGAGGAAGAGGAAGAGGAGGAAGUGAAGCGGGUGAUUGUUGAGGAGAAAGUUAGGGUUUCGGAGCAGGUGAAGAAGAAGAGGAGGACAUUGAAGGUGGGAAGCGAAGGCGAAGAGGUUCACGUGAUGCAGGAAGCUCUGCUAAAAUUAGGAUUCUAUUCGGGCGAAGAGGAUAUGGAGUUUUCUAGCUUCUCAAGUGGGACAGCAAGAGCUGUGAAGACUUGGCAAGCAUCACUUGGCGUCCGUGAGGAUGGGAUAAUGACAGAAGAUCUCCUUCAGAGGUUGUUCAUGGAUCAGAUAACGGAUGAACAUAUAGAGAAAGAUAAGGAUGAAGCAAAAACAAUGAAGAGAGAGGAAACUGGUAAUGGAGCGGUAUCUACUUCAGUAAGACAAGUCUCUGAGAAGCAGAAGUCAUUCAUAAAAGAUCAAAGUGAAAGAGAACCUGAGAUUUCUCAACAUCGGGUUUUCCUUCUCGGAGAAAACCGAUGGGAAGAUCCCUCCAGGCUCAAUAAACCGGUAGACAGAAGUAAUACUACAGAUACGAAAACAAAGUGCAUCACUUGUCGAGGAGAAGGUCGAUUGAUGUGCCUAGAGUGCGAUGGAACCGGUGAACCAAACAUUGAACCGCAGUUUAUGGAGUGGGUUGGUGAAGAUACGAAGUGUGCGUACUGUGAAGGUCUUGGUUAUACUGUUUGCGACGUCUGUGACGGCAAAACAACUGCAUAAUCAAGGUUUUGUGUAUUUUUUAUAACACAAACAUUUGCUCAAUUAUGUACAAACUCUUCUGUAUAUCACUUUGAAAGUGUUUUAUCCUGAUUAUAUCAGUAACAUAUACCAUCCACAAAUCUUUUUAAAAAGUCGAUACAUCAAAUAAAUUAUUCUCAUUCAGCUCCACAAACAUUUGAGAAACAAAGGACUCCAGUUACACCAUGCUAUGGUGCGAAAUUAGAGCUGGGCCAUACAUUGCUGGAACCACAAAGAAUCAGCACUUGAGGCAUCCUGCUGUGAGAUAUGCUCACAAAGCACUUGCAAGCACAUUCUUUGCAAGGAAGGAAACAACAUACUUCACAGGAAAAGAGAGGGACUUGAUAUACCAAGAGGUGUAUGAACUUGUGGAUACCAACGAAGAUGGAAAAUCUCUACAGCCGCUGAAAGGAUACCG